AUAUCUCGACUGCGCAGUCUCUCCUGGAUCAUGACUACACAUUCUGAUUUGCAGCCCCCUUGGGAUUCUACCCCAGGAUCUCAAUUCUCGUUGAAUGAUUCACUCAUGCGCCCCAGGGCUGGAACAUCAUUUUCUCUAUUCCAGAAGCUACCACCCGAACUACGAAACCGCAUCUGGAAAUUCAGCCUUCCGCAGCAACGCCUUCUCAAAGUCACCGUAACAGCAGCGGAACCAUCCCGGGUAUCCACGUCCAAAGUCCCCAAUCUUUCAUUAUACCAGGAGAAAAACCGCCUGGGCAAUGUCAUUAGCGGUGCCGACUACUUUUUGCGUCUGGGCUCGACGGAUACCAACUCACCACUGCUAUAUGUAAAUAACGAAGCAAACGCUGUCGUUCAAUCCGACACCAUCCUGAUCUAUGUCAAGCGCGAUGAGGAUGAAGUUCAUUUCGCCGACUUUGUUCAUGAUGCGCUGGCGUAUGAUCGAAAGAAGAAAGGUAUUCUUCAUAUGGCCAUCAUGAGUAAAAAAUACGAAUCAAAAAUUCGUUUACCUAUGGACCUCUCUUGCCUACAUAGCCGCGCAAAAGCUGCUUUGGCAUCUACACUGGCAGGGCUAGACAGCGUAAGCCUCGUUCAUCUGUAUCCAACCCGCACACUGCACCAGGGAUUAUCACAAGUGCUUCUCAGGGGAGGCAAACCAGAUGAUAGGCUGGUACAGUUUGAUGAAGCAUCCCCGCUGAAAGAGAACCUGUUGCGCUUCUAUCGAGCAUUUCCAUUGUGGGCAAGCACCGCUACGUAUUCGAUGCUGCAAACAGAUCCUCGCUCAGCAUCUCAAUACCUAGAACUCACUGAUGCCGCGCAUGACCCUCGUAGUCUCAUUCGCGCCUGGCGCAUGCUCGAGACCGCGUACAAUAUCCCCCCAACUUCUGAUACCAAGAUACGCAUCUGGUUGGCAAUGGGCGAACCGGAUGAAAGACAACAAAUCUCGACUCUAUAUCAGGCAUUCAUGUUUCGACAGCGUGAAGAACAAACCUGGAUGCGACUUCUCGCGCGGGGUAACUUCUACGUACCAGAGCGAGAUCCAGAUAAUGACGAUGCACUCGACUUCUCGGAAAUGCUAAAUGCCAUUGGCUUUUGGUCGAUACCUGCUGAAGCGUUUGGUUUCGUACCAGAAGUCGAUUACGCUGAGCAUCGCUGGGGUCGUUUGGGGGCUUGGAUUUAA